AUGACAGGAUUUCAAACACCUAUCGGACCCAGUGUCGAUAUGGAUAUCACAGACAAUAGAAUCACUGAGGUGGAAGCUUACUACAAAGGAAACAAACACGAUCGCAGGGAACUGUCAAUGGACUUGGGACUAUACUCGCUACUGAAUACUGGCAAGUUAUACCGGCGCGAGGCGCCAUCUUUUCCGGCCGGCUCCAACUGUCAAUUAUUUUGUAACCGGACGCUGGACGUGCGUGUUGUUCGUCGUUCUUUUAUUAAUUCGUCACAUUUACCAACUGCAAAGAUGUCUAUGGAACACAAGUGCUAUUGCCGAGGUGAUGAUGGCAAUGGCAUCGACCUUGAGAAGCCUGAACACCUGUUGCCCAUGAUGAGGCCGUUCUCUAUGAGUUUCAACAAGAUGCCUCUCCAGCUGACCAAGCCCGCUCCCCAGUUCAAGACCACCGCUGUCGUCAACGGCGAGUUCAAGGACAUCGCUCUCUCCGACUACAAGGGCAAAUACGUAGUACUGUUCUUCUACCCAUUGGACUUCACUUUUGUAUGCCCCACCGAAAUCAUUGCGUUCUCCGAGCGCGCUGAUGACUUCCGCAAGAUUGGCUGCGAGGUCAUCGGAGCCUCCACCGACUCCCACUUCACACAUCUCGCCUGGAUCAACACCCCACGUAAACAAGGUGGUCUCGGUCCCAUGAACAUUCCCCUGAUCAGUGACAAGUCACACCGCAUCGCCCGCGACUACGGAGUGCUGAAUGAGGAGACCGGCAUCCCAUUCAGAGGCCUGUUCGUCAUUGAUGACAAACAGAACCUUAGGCAGAUCACCGUCAACGACUUGCCUGUUGGCCGAUCUGUGGAAGAGACCCUCCGUCUGGUGCAAGCAUUCCAGUACACAGACAAGCACGGAGAGGUGUGCCCCGCCAACUGGCAGCCUGGCUCCAAGACCAUCAAGCCCGACACCAAGGCUGCCCAGGAAUACUUCAUCGACGCCAACUAAACACUCUCUAUACAACACCACGUAGGCGCGGCUGAACGUUGAUAUCCCUCGCUAGUUCGAGCACCAACCAAAAGAUGCCGCUUUUAUAAAAAUCGUAUAAC